AGCCGUAUCUCCAAAAAUUCAAGGGUCCUUUUUCUCCUUCAGGCUGUGUGCGCUGCUGGCCCGACAAGGACUCUGCAUGCCGUAGGAUUUGGGUAGCGCAUCCAACAGCCAGCGCGCAUGCAAGCCGACAACUGCUUAUUAAAUAGCUACCCGACGUUCCUUUCUACCUUUCGCCCUCACAUUCGGCCUUGUUGAGUCUCGGUAUUCGAACCCAAUUGCACAAGACUGUUGUUGACAAUGUCUGAACAACCGAAAACCCGCCAAAAGUUUCGCAGCAGUUGCACCAACUGUGCCACGGCCAAAGUCCGCUGCAGCACAACACGGCCUGAAUGUGCCAGAUGUGUGGAGCGAGGACUCGAGUGUUUAUAUGCUCCAUCAAACCGCUAUGGGCGACCCCCAGCUUCAGCGUGCAAUCAGAAAGCAACAUCAUUACGGAGUCCGCAAGUAGAUGGAUGCGACUUGACCAUGAACGAUUAUGCAUCCGACAGUGCGACGUGGGACUUCAAUUCCUGGGUGCCCGCGUCAGCGUGCAACCUAACCACGCGGGACGUACACUGCGAGAUCGAUGCGUUCUCGGCGGCAGCAUACUAUGAGGAGUGGAACCUGGAGGACAUACCACAGCUCGUGGCCGCGAGCAGCCACGGCGGCAGCUCCAUGAACACCAACAGCCCGAAAAACAGCUCUAGCGGCGCCUCCGACGCGUCAGAGUCCGUCCACAGCUGCCUGGCCCAGGCGGCUGCCAUCCUCGUCGAUAUCCGAAAUGACAGCACCUCAACCGACUUGACUUGGGCCGCGGCCAACGUCGACGUGAAGACCAUCGUGGGCGAUGUUAUCUUCGCAAACCGAAGGGCUACGGGCCAGGUGUCGAGAAUCAUGGAGUGUGCAUGCCUGGCUGCAGAUUAUCAAAUCUCCGUUGUGGUGUCAUUGAUCUGCUUCCACAUGAUUGACAGGUACGGCAAGGCAGUGGCUGCCGCAAGGGCGACGUUGGGGGGGAGUAUGCUGGGAAAGAAUCAUGUCAUUGGCUCUGUCCAGAUUCUUCUCGACGAGCUACGCCGGAUAACACCCUUGAUUGGAAAAUCAACGAUGCGGAUUGGGGAGCCUCCCGGAUCAGCAGGGGCCAUGGGGAUUCCGGUGUCCGGUUUUGACCAGCUCCAGAGAGAUCUGGAGCACCACUUGUUCGCCGUAUUGGGAGACGCGGAGAGUUUCUUGCAUCAAGCAUCAGAAUGAUCUAACCAAUAACGGAUCUUCGGAGAGCGUGGAUUGGUCCGGAGUAUGGGAGUCAAUAUAAGAGGGUGGUGUUGGUGGUCUACGGACUUCAUAUUAAAGCGGAACCAUGGCUGUUUGCAGGACUAGGCGGACAUAUAUUUAGCUCAACGAUAGCUUGGCGAUUUUUGAAUGACUGUUUAUAAUGAAUUGGAAUUAGGUUUUAUGGAGUACACACAUUUUAGAUGCCAUCUAAACCGAUGGGUUAGGAUAUUGACAGUAUAUGUGGUUCUUAAGGGCGUAGCAUCCAAGUAAGGAUAGGCUGUAUUACUCUAAUAUAUCACACCGGAUCACAAUACAAGUUGAUCAUGGCAAGAACUACGCUGUAGCAACCAAG